AUGACUCUCAAAGAUGGGAAUCUUACGAAGGUUAGGGUGUUCCCCUCUCUCCCAAAACCACCCAGCUUUACCCAAGCUCAGACCCAUCUCACCUUUAGCACCAUAGCCGUCAAUCUCUUCAGCAUGGAUGCACUGCAGGGUGGGCAAGGGCAAGUCCUAAAAACCCCAGCCCAUGACUGCAUCCACAAGAUCACCCUCACAUACUGGCAAUCCAAAACCAAGAAAAUAGAGAAGGAGAAGGCUAGGUUGGACCUUCUAUGUACCCAGCUGGAUGAUGGUUGGAAAAAACUCACAGAGGAUGCCAGCAAGGGCAUUAAUAAACUCAGCCAGGAUGACUUUCAAACCUGGCUCAAGCUUUUCACUUCAGUCGCAGCCAUUCUAGAACACCUGUUGGGUGUGGGUGAAACCAAAAAGAAAAAAGAAAAAAUCAUGCCCAAGCCUCUCCGCAAUGCCCUCAAAUUCUUGGCCACCACAUACCAAGUUCAAUUGCUGAAGCUCUCUCUCAAUGAGGAACUCUCUAACUCUGAUCCACGAAAGGAAUCUGAAGAUGCCCUGUCCAUCGACAAUGACCUCAAGCUGGAUCACGUGGCAGAUGUUGACUGGUGUGAAGGCAUUGAGGAGUACCAGGCUUGUAUGUGUGAUGAGCUGUGGACUCAGCUUGGUCACCUGGUGGAGAAAAUGGUUCCUUUCUUCAACCUGAAGCAGGACCCUGAACAUUGUCACGAUCCUUGGACUGAUGAAGGGGAAGCGUGGCUGCAGGAAUGUUCCAAUGGUGACCCCCUAUCCUUACAUUGGCACCAGCUAGUGGGUGUUUUGAAGAUGCUCGAGAACACCUUUUUGAAGAAGCCCAUCUUGCUCGUCGGGCUUGGGAAAACCAUCCAAGUCGCUGCUUUCAUUGCCAUGUUAAGCCAGUACUUUACAGUGCCCCACCUAUUCCUGCAGGAAUUCAGUCAUUCCAGUGGAAUUCCAGAGGAAUCCUGUGGAAUUACACUGGAUUCCUCUGAACUCAUGUAA